ACAUUCCGCAAACGCCAAGCGCUGAAAGUUGUCGGAGAAUCUGAGUUCUAAAAAAGGCGGUCGAUUGUUUUGGGUAAACAUGUGUAAACACACAUUCUAACAAACAUAAAGUACAUAUGUAUGUACAUGUGUGCGACACUCGUUUUUAUUAAAAUCGCUGCAACACAACAACAAUUGCGGAAAGCAAGUACAACCCAGAAUAGUGGAUCAACCAACACAAAAGCUUGCAAUCGAAUAACCGCGAAAUAUGUAUAAAACCACUUGAGAACUUGCAAACUCACUUACAUACAAGUACUUACAUACAUAAAUAUGUAUUUAAGUAUAUGCGCAUACACACAAUAAACUUAUGACGCUGCGCUGUUUUUGCGCGUAAUUGAAUAAAUUCUUUUGAAAAUUGUCAAUUAAAUAAAAACCGUAGCGGUCGCCUGAUGCCAGAAGCAGUCACAGUUAUUGCGUAUUCGUUAGCGGAUCACGCACGCAGAUACAACAUCGUCAUAGCCGCACACGCAACUGUUAGGCACAAAAAAAAAAUCGAAUCGAAGUUAACAAAAACGAUUAAAUAGUGAAAGUGUGAAUAAUUAAAUAACAAAAACAAAAAAAAAAAAAUUGCCAAAAACCAAAACAAACAAUGAAAAAUAUUGUGUUUAUUUUCGCAGCAGCGUUGCUGUGCUUCUGCGCCACCGCUGCACGCGCCGAUCUACUCGAUUGCAAUGAGAAAAUCCUACCAUCUUUGUCAGAUGUGCCUGUCAUUGGACCAAAAGUGGCCAGCUCCGAGGACAGCGCUGAGCAUCAAGUACGCGAUUUCUUCAAAAACGUUGGCUGUCAAAUAAAGAAAGGCGCUGCAAAGGUUUCCGAACAGGCCAAAAAGUUGGGCACCGAACUGAAGGAGGGCGCAAAGAAAUUCGGUGAUAAGGCGAAGGAUCUAGGCUCUGAUCUAAAGGAUAAGUUUGGCGAUUUCAAGGAUAAAUUUUCGAGCGAUUCUGUAGAGGAGGAGCGCACAUCGCAUGGCCUAUUGCGCAAUGUGGAAAUCAUAAAUCCAGAUCUGCUGAAAGCCGAACAACAAUGCGGCCAUGGACACAUUUUGGAUGCAUUGGGCAAUUGCAGCAAAUUGAGGAAGUGAAGUUUUGUGUAAGAGCGAAACGCGAAUUUAUUUAGUUCCUCAAGAGUGAUGUAAAUUUCCAAAGAAUAUGAAAUUACUGUGAAUUUAAUGCAAGAACUAACAAUUAAAUUUAAAUUACAUACAAGUAGCUGUCAAGCUUAAAAGCUGAAAAGUUUCAUUUGUGCGUAACAAUUUAAAUUGAUAUGAACUGAAUACUAGCAUCAGUAUUUGAGCUCGUUUAGUGCCAAAAAAUAUUAAUUGUAUCUAAAAAGAAAUUAUUUGAAAUGCAUAUGUAUGUAAGCUUUUAUUAUAUGUAUAUAUGUUCAACGACUUUGUUACUUUUAAGUUUAAGAUGAAUUUUAUAUUGCUUCUAAACAUAAUGGAUUUAUCAGUUUAAAUAGUUACAUAUGUACACAUACAAAAAUUUAAAUUAAAGAAAACAUAAAAAUAUAUUAGCACAAGCCAUCUAAAUACACUGUAGACGCCAGC